CUGACCCUCACAUGAUCGUAGCGGGAGGCUGCGGGGCCGGCGAUGGGGCACCGCGACCGCAUGUUCAAGGUGCUGGUGGUGGGGGACGCCACGGUGGGGAAGACGUCGCUGGUGCAGCGCUACGCCAACGACAGCUUCAACCGGCACUACAAAUCCACCGUGGGAGUGGAUUUUGCUCUGAAGGUGGUCCAGUGGUCAGAGUCGGAGACAGUGCGACUUCAGCUCUGGGACAUUGCAGGGCAGGAACGCUUCACGUCAAUGACGCGGCUGUACUACAGGGAGGCAUCCGCCUGCAUCAUCAUGUUCGAUGUCACCAACGUCAGCACCUUCAGCAACAGCCAGAAGUGGAAGCAGGACCUGGACAGCAAACUGACGCUGCCAGACGGGAGCCCCGUGCCCUGCCUGCUGCUGGCUAACAAAUGUGACCUUUCCCCGUGGGCAGUGACGAGAGAAGAAGUGGAUCGCUUCAGCAAAGAAAACGGCUUUUCUGGCUGGGUGGAGACGUCUGUCAAGGAAAACAAGAACAUUAAUGAGUCCAUGAGAGUCCUGAUUGAAAAGAUGAUGUCUUCGUCCACCCGUGAUGGAAGUUCCUCUGCUUCUGGGAGCGGGGAUUACAUUAACAUAAAGGAGGCAUCCCCACCAGGCUGGGCUUGCUGUUAGGUGCACUGACUACACCAUCUGCUUGGGUCUAGCAGCAAUGUCCUUUUAUUCUUUUUUUGUAUUUUUUAUUUUAUGUUUUCAAAGCAGCUCUCACUUUUUUUUUUUUUUUUUUACAUGAUAGUGAACUGUCUUCUCCUUAGUGCAUAUUCAUGCUCGGUAAAGCAUUGCUGCAGUGACUGGGAGUGAGAAGUGGAAGAAGGCUGAGAACAGGAUUCCUCUUUCUUCUCGUGCAGCAGCGACUGGAAGCUCUGCUGCUAGUCAUGUAGCACAGCCUGUGUUCGAGCACAUGGCUUGGAUUAAUACUUUUUACAUUUCGAGCACUUAUCUUCAUCUUCUCACAUGUGAUGACCUGUCCCGGGCAGGAUGAAGGAUGUGGAAAGUCUAUUUUUAAUAUCGCUGCACCUUUUGUUCCCCACAGCCCGCACCCACCAUGCACAGUGGCACCACUCCAAAGCCUCACAGUGCCCUUUAUGUCAUGCGCACGAUGCUCACGCGGUCUCUCUGUGCCCGUGGAUCCCCAGUGUGGGAUCGCAGCAAACUCCUUACUUCGUGCUGCGGAACCACGUACCUGUGCCGGCACGCCGCGGAGAGACCAACGCACCCCAGCCUUGUCACCAACUGUCCUUAAGAUGUGAAGCCAGAUGUGGGUUAUGACUGUGUCCCACUUUACCAGCUGUGUAAAAAUAACCGGUGUGCGAAUCGAGGAUUCAUGCAGCACGGCCCUUGCUCACGUGUACACCGACCGGGGGGCGUAGAGCACAGACCCCGACUUUGUGCCAAGAAUUGCCCGGUUGCCUUCUGUUCGUUCAUUCUCCCUCACCCUCUGUCCUGCACAAUCCUACGUAUUCUGUUCUGCUGCCACUUUAUUAGGGCACUGAGAGCUGAAUGAGGAAUAGGUUGUAAACUCCUUUGUAUGACAGAACAACAGUUCUUUUCACUUUUAGAACACCCUGUAUCCUACAAUCUCGAAUAGCUUUGCAAUUGCUGAUGAAUUGCCUUCCCACAAUUAUUCUGUAGCAAUGAGUGAGUUUGGUAGCAGGGAUGGUGCUGGAAACACAGCUCUCUGAAAGCCCACCUGCUGGUUUUAGUGGUCCAAAGGGGAAGCGAAGGAGAAGACUUUGCAGGGCAAAAGGAAAUGAAGAGACCCGCUCCCUACUUGCCUUUUGAUGCCUGCUUUUCCUAGCACGUCCCCCAGGUAUUCGCUGUUGUUGAGAACGGUUCUUGCCAACAACAACAACAACAAAAAUGGGUAAAAGCACUCUAGAUAGUUAUCUUAGAGGAGUUAUUAGGAACCUCAGUCUGCAAGGCUGUUGUUACGUAGCAUUGUAUGCACUUUAUGUAAGCGUGCUAUGCCACAGAAUUGUCUUGCCUGGGUUUUGGGUUAGGAUUUAAACAAGUGCUCUUCAAUAAUGUUUUCCCUUCCCUAGCAGUUUAAAUAAGCAGAGUGCUGAGAGAGGAAAAUAUUGGAAGACUUUCCCUUCAGAGCGUAAUUUGAAAACAGUUUGUCCUGAUUCACACUAAUUUAGGACCGAUUUUCUUUGGCAAGGUAUUCCUGUCCGUCUUUUCUUACUCUAUACAAUCUAUGGAGGGAGAGGACAGUAAGAACAGGAACAGAUUACCUUCACUAGGCACAAAAGAAUGCUGAGUUUUUGUUAUCUGGACUUGAGAAGGACAGGUAAACAGUAAGGGCUAUGAAAUUUAGGCCUAAUGUUGUGUUCUGACUAUUUUAUUAAAAGCUAAAGUAGCUGGGGUAGGAUUCUGUUGUGCAAAAAUUGACAAAUUCAGCUUUAUAAGCACUUAAACUUACAUUUUCCUGUGCCACUGGAUUCACUGUAGAAAUAUAUGAAAUGUGUAGAACUGGUUAGCAACAAAAUUGAACUCUAGUUGAAUUCUACUGCCUAAACAUGGGAGGGAAAAGAAAAAAAAAAAAGGAUUUUUUAAAUUAUCCUAUCAGUAUUUUUAGUCCUCUAUGAAAUACGGAGGAAAGGGUCUAAUUUUUAAAAAGAUACGUCAUGAAGCUGUUAAUAUUCGUGUGUUAUUUAUUGAUUUCUCUAUGUGCACCUCAAAGUGUUUGAGCAAAGAGGUCAAGUGUUGGAGCUGCCUUAACAGACACUUAACAGAAAUUGAGACAGAGUGGAAGUCUCUGCCCAGGACCAACCAACCACUCAAGUCAGUAAAAGCUUGCAAAUGAACAGGAAUUUUAUAACAUGGGUUAAAAUGCCUUAUUUAUACCUUUUGUAUACCAGGUUGUUACAUACCAGUUUCUCUUUAGUAUCUGGAGCUCUUAAUUUUUCAGAAGUGCCUCUCAGAAACAAGCAAAAAGCCAAAGGAAGAGCUUUUAUGAUUUUCUUUUAUUAUACAUAAUUUCUGCUGGGCCCAGAGGUUUCCGGUACCAGUGUAUGCCUUGGAGGUUUGUUUGUUUUUUUUCCCACACUGCUUGUUAACAUCUUAAUAGACACAGCAGACAAGUAAGUGUAGAAAACUAAGCCUGCACAACAGAAACAGUCGUUACUCGAGAUCGCUACAAAAACCCAGACAGGAAAACGAUUUUACUGUGCAGAUGUGGUUUUUUUUUUUUUCAGUUUGCUCUGUGGCACAUAAGGUACUUAAAAAGAAACGACAAACCAACCCUUGAUUUAGUCUCGUAAAACAAACUGAUUCAAAAGCCCCACCUAAACAUGUUUUUUUUUUUUGCUGCGUUAAUUUGUGAAGAAUGCUUACCUGUGAAAUUGGUUCUGCCCAGCUUGUGCUGGUUGAAAUAACACAUUUUUAAAACAACUGAAAAGUCAGCUUGAGAGAAGCUCAUUUUUGGAGAGAUAUUUUAAACAAAGUUAAACCUGAUUCAUAAAAACUUGAUCUUUCAAUAUGAUGCAGAAAAGCGUACUCUUUAUAGUCUGUUAGGAACAACCUGUUUUUAAAAUGACGUUUGAUUUUUCCUUUCUGCAGUGCCUUCUUUGACUUUGUGCUCUUUAUGAGACUCUGGACCAACUGUACCUAUUUCAUUCCCUUCCACAUGUUGUUUCUCAUUUCUGUAACUAAUUUGCAGUCAUGAGACUCAAAAACAUUAGUUUAGCUUUGUAUUUAAUAUGUUGAUGACAGCAAUCCAUGGGUCAACAGAGCCAGGAAUUUUUACUGUAAUAGAAUUUGAAAUCAUGAGGGGAGACUACAGUUCAGAAACAAGUUGGCAAUAAUGAAAUCGAGCUUUUUUUUUAAACAGUUCGCAGUUAUGCACAAGUAUUUUAGAGACAGGGUUCUGGUUACUGUAAAGUUGCAGUGUUAUCGUGUUUAUAUAAAGAGAAUAAACUGCUGGGAGGUUUUCUCCAUAUCAAUCAGUAACUAAUGCACUGUUGCAGAAGUUUGAAAUAAAACAAGUUUGACAUUG